AUGUGUUUAUGGACGUUUAAAGUAAGAAAAAGUGUUCUAGAUUUUCUGUUGCUGAACAAGGAAAACAUAGUUGACAGCGAGGAGAAAAUCUUGUUUGCUAUUGAACGUAAAGGAAUAGAGAUUGUGACUAUAACAGGAAAAUUGGUUGCUGCAGCAGCUCUCAUGAACAUACCAUACCUAAACAGUUUGCCAGAAUCAGGCAAAAUGAACAUUUUACAGUUUUUGCUUGCCUGUGAAGACCAGAGCAUUCUACAAGGUGUUCCAUUGCUCCCUCUGCACAAUGAAUGCUUUGCUGAAUUUGACCGUACCUCCAACGACAUAGUGUAUGUGAGUCAGAAUGUCAUCGAACUAUUUCCUGGACUUGAAGAAAAAUUCAUGAAACAAGAUCUUCAAAAGAAAAUAUAUGACAAUCUUCUAAAUAUUUGCAAAAUAGGUUUAUUUCAGUUGCAGGAGUUCUCAAAGUCAACAGAUAAAGAAAUAGCUGGUCUACUACGAACAACAUUACAGAAAAAUAUUGGAACAACAAUAGGAGAAAGGCUUGUUUGGAAAACGACCAACAAAAGAACAAACGAAACAUGGCUGAAAAAAGUUUGGAAAUUCCUGAAGGACCGAAAGUUUGACCUCGGUUUCUUAAGAGAUCUAUUUAUGGUGCCAAUCAUCAGUGACGAUACCUUGUUGCUAGAUGAUACAAAAGAAACGAUACUAUGUAAGUUAUCGAAUCAGUUUAUCAUCAAAUCAUCUAAAGACUUUAAAGAGCUACCAGAUGGUGUAUGUAGAUGUCUCAGUUUGUUGGAUAUUGUUAUACUGCCUGCGCUGUGGGGAGAGAUCUCAGAACUUCCAGCUAUCGACCAAUAUGUCUUCAAACCGACAGGCUAUAAUGUAUGUCGACUUUUAGAGGCUGUUAGUGUUAACAGUUGUCGUGAUGAACUCAUUAAAGCUUUCAAUCAGGAAUGCACAGCAGCUGAUAGAGAUGAUUUUGUGUCAUUUAUGUCUGUUAUUGAAUCGAUACCUUGCAGAGCGGCGGAAAUACUUUCUUCACUGUAUCUCUUUACCGAGCGCCUCACAAGCCGUUUUGUUUCAAGAAACGAAUUGGCGCUAAUAGUUCAUACAGAAGAUCUAUCAGUACAAUACUUUGUUGAAAACAUCGAUGCAAGAAACAAACCACAUUAUAAUCUAGCCGUUGCAUUACAGAUGGACGAAAUUGAUUUCAACAGUGCAGUGGUGAAUAUUUUAAAGUAUUUAGAAAACGACAUUGGUUGUUAUUCAGAAAUUGAUCAGAGGAAUGUUCUCCAGCACGCACUGACGCAUUUGAAAGGGUUUCCAAAUAAACUACAUGGAUGUAUUUUGGAAGUUUGUAAACAUAUUCGAUUUGUAUAUGACCAUGAGGGGAGACGAAAAUGUGCAAUUGAAUAUUUUGAUCCAGAAGACGAAGGUUUAAAACUAAUCCUUGUGGAAGAAGACUUUCCAGAUGUGAAGAAGACUAAUAUUGAUUUGAAAUAUUUAAGAAAAUUAGGACUCAAAUUCGAGUAUUACCGUUAG